AUGGAUAUUGUACAGGCCGUCUCCGGCUACAUCACGAAGAUGGUGUCUGCUGGGGACAGCGCUGCGGCAGGCACUUCGGCCGCGAAGAUGAAGAUACUCCUGCUGGACAAUGAUACGGUCUCAAUUGUAUCUACCGCGACGACUCAAUCCGCCCUCCUAAACCAUGAGGUUUACCUUACCGAUCGAGUGGACAACCAGACUAGAGAGAAAAUGCGCCAUCUUCGUUGCCUGUGUUUCGUACGACCGUCGCCCGAGUCAAUACAAAGCUUGAUCGAGGAGCUGCGGGAGCCCAAGUACGGAGAAUACCACAUAUUCUUUAGCAACAUCAUCAAGAAAUCAUCACUUGAGCGACUCGCGGAAGCAGACGACCACGAGGUCGUCCGCGCGGUGCAGGAAUACUUUGCCGACUUCCUCGUCAUAAACCCUGACCUGAUGUCGCUCAACCUGGGAUUCCCACAGCAUAGGAUAUGGAGCACGAACCCUGACACUUGGAAUGCGGAAUCCCUACAGCGGUCGACCGAAGGCGUCCUGGCAUUAUUGCUCGCAUUGAAGAAGAGGGCGUUGAUUCGCUACCAAAAGAACAGUCCUCUGGCUAGAAAAUUGGCAACUGAGGUGCGAUAUAACAUGACGCAAGAGGAACAGCUCUUUGAUUUCCGGAAAACCGACACGCCGCCAAUACUUUUGAUCGUGGACCGAAGAGACGAUCCUGUUACGCCGCUGUUGACGCAAUGGACGUAUCAAGCGAUGGUCCACGAAUUACUUGGGAUAAACAAUGGCAGAGUCGAUUUGCGUGACGUGCCAGAAAUAAGACCAGAAUUGAAGGAAAUCACCCUUUCGCAAGACCAAGACCCUUUCUUCAAGAAGAACAUGUACCUCAACUUUGGUGAUCUUGGCCAGAAUGCUAAAGAAUACGUUGAGCAAUUCGCAUCUAAACAACAAGGCUCUCAAAAGCUCGAUUCGAUUGCGGACAUGAAGCGAUUCAUCGAAGAUUUUCCAGAAUUCCGUAAACUGUCCGGCAAUGUCACGAAGCAUGUAACUCUCGUCGGAGAAUUAAGUCGAAGAGUAGGCGAAGACAGCCUUCUAGAAGUGAGUGAACUGGAGCAGAGUCUUGCUUGCACGGACAACCACUCCAGUGAUGUUAAGUCACUUCAACGCAUUAUUCAGGACCCGAAGAUCCCUGCAGACAACAAGCUACGACUGACAGCGAUCUACGCUCUGCGGUAUUCGAAACACUCUUCCAAUUCAACACCCAUGUUGUUGGAUCUGUUGGAAGUUACUGGUGGUGUAUCACGACACCGGAUCGGUUUAGUCAAAAAGCUUCUGGCAUACCAUAAUUCACUGCAGGCUACAAAUGUCGCUGGUGGAAUUCCGGAGCUUUUUCAACCAGGCUCGUUCUUUGGCGGUGCUCGCGAUCGACUUAAGGGCCUCAAAGGUGUCGAGAACGUCUACACUCAGCAUUCGCCGCGGUUAGAAGCGACGUUGCAAGAGCUCAUCAAAGGACGAUUGAACACCCAGGUCUAUCCAUUCGUUGAUGGUGGUGGAUCCACCAAAGACAAGCCACAAGAUAUCAUCAUCUUCAUGGUGGGCGGUACGACCUACGAGGAAGCCAAAAUGGUCGCGCAGGUCAAUGCAAGCUCGCCCGGGGUGCGAGUGGUCUUGGGCGGCACAACGGUCCACAACAGCUCGUCUUUCUUGGAAGAGAUAGCCGAGUUCUGGCCGGAGCCCGAAUCCACCGCUGCUCGAUCAAGGCGAUGA